AACAUUUGCAACUAAAAGCGCGCGCUGAGUAUUCGUCUAGCGAAAUCAUAGUAAUAAUCAACAAUAAGUGAACACCGAACAAGCACACACUAAACAAUUAUCAUGGGUAUUUUGGGCUUAUCGAAGCUAAUUGCGGAUUUGGCUCCACAGGCCAUACGUGAAAGUGAAAUUAAAAACUUUUUUGGUCGCAAAGUGGCUAUUGAUGCCAGCAUGUGCCUGUAUCAGUUUCUCAUUGCGGUUCGGUCGGAGGGCGCGCAGCUAGCUACCGUCAACGGUGAUCCAACCUCACAUCUCAUGGGCAUGUUUUACCGCACCAUUCGGCUGCUGGAUAAUGGCAUAAAGCCGGUCUACGUUUUCGAUGGACAGCCGCCAGAUUUGAAAUCUGGCGAGCUGGCGAAGCGCGCCGAACGGCGGGAGGAGGCCGAAAAAGCACUGAAAGCGGCAACAGAGGCGGGUGAUGAAGCGGAGAUAGACAAAUUCAAUCGUCGCCUGGUGCGCGUCACUAAGGAACAUUCGCGCGAGGCUAAAGAGCUACUCAAGCUCAUGGGUGUUCCCUAUGUAGACGCACCGUGUGAGGCUGAGGCCCAAUGUGCUGCUCUAGUUAAGGCAGGCAAAGUAUAUGCUACGGCAACGGAAGAUAUGGAUGCGCUAACCUUUGGAUCUUGUAAGCUUUUGCGCUAUUUGACCUACAGCGAAGCGCGCAAAAUGCCUGUCAAGGAGUUUAGCUAUGACAAGGUGCUGCAGGGGCUGGAGCUGACGAGCAAGGAAUUCAUUGAUCUGUGCAUUCUAAUGGGCUGUGAUUACUGCGAGAGCAUUAAAGGCGUCGGACCUAAGCGCGCCAUAGAGCUGAUCAAAAGCUACCGGGACAUUGAGACCAUUUUGGAGAACAUCGACACCAGCAAAUACCCAGUGCCGGAGAACUGGAACUACAAGCGAGCACGCGAGCUCUUCAUCGAACCAGAUGUGGCCGAUGCCAGCGCUAUAGACCUAAAGUGGACCGAGCCCGAUGAGGAUGGCUUGGUUCAGUUUUUGUGCGGCGAUCGGCAGUUUAACGAGGAGCGCGUGCGUAACGGUGCCAAGAAAUUGCUCAAGUCGAAGCAGGCACAAACGCAGGUUCGCCUCGAUAGCUUCUUCACGACACUGCCUAGUACCCCCAAUGCAAACACUAGUGCUGCCAAGCGCAAGGCCGAGGAAGCCAAGAAAAGUGCGAAUAAUAAGAAGGCUAAAACAAGUAGCGCUGGACGUGGCAGAAGGCCAAAGUAAUUAGCGUGAGUGUUCCUAAAA